AUGGAUGUUGGCGAGUUGUUAUCGUACAAGCCUGAAAAGCCUGGGUUCAACUACAAAAGAAGGAGGGAACCAGAUGAUGAUGAUGAUAGUGAAAAUGUUUUUCUUAAGAAGAAGAAAGCAUCUGAACUGGAGUUGAUAAAAGGCCAACCUCAGCUUUCUGAGGAAACCCGAGCCAAGAUAGCUCAAAUGGUUGAGGAAGAAGAACCAGAGGUAGAAAGUUUAGAUGAUACCUCAUUAAAGAGACUGCUGCUUCAGUUUGAAAAACGAGCAUACAAGAACCAAGAAAUGAGAGUGAAGUUUCCUGAUAUGCCUGAAAAAUUUAUGGAAUCAGAAAUGGAGCUGAAUGAUAUUCUACAUGAAAUGCAUGUCGUUGCCACUGUUCCUGAGUUGUACCAUGUGUUGGUGGAACUGAACACAGUGCAGUCAUUAUUGCAACUACUUACUCAUGACAAUACAGAUAUCUCCAUAGCAGUUGUUGAUUUGAUCCAAGAACUAACAGAUGUUGAUACUUUAAAUGAAAGUGAGGAGCAAGCCACUUCACUUGUUGAUGCACUGCUUGAUGGACAGAUUGUUGCGCUGUUGGUUCAAAACUUGGAAAGACUCGAUGAAACAGUGAAAGAAGAAGCUGAUGGUGUUCAUAACACUUUGGGAAUCAUUGAAAAUAUCACAGAAUUUCGCCCAGAGAUUUGUCCAGAUGCUUCCCAGCAAGGGUUAAUGCAGUGGCUUCUGAAAAGACUCAAAGCAAAGAUACCAUUUGAUGCUAACAAACUCUAUGCCAGUGAAAUUCUUUCAAUUCUUUUACAAAACCAUGAUGAAAAUCGACAAUUGGUUGGUGAACUGGAGGGAAUUGAUGUCCUCUUACAACAACUUGCUUCCUACAAAAGACAUGAUCCAGCUAACCGUGAUGAAAUAGAACUGAUGGAGAAUCUUUUCAAUUGCCUUUGUUCUGCACUGAUGAUUCCCAGUAAUCGUGCAAGGUUUUUAAAAGGUGAAGGCUUACAAUUGAUGAAUCUUAUGCUCAGAGAGAAGCGUAUGUCCCGAAACAGUGCCAUAAAAGUGCUCAACCAUUCCAUGACUGGUGCUGAAGGUGGAGACAAUUGUCAGAAGUUUGUAGACAUUCUGGGAUUGUGUACUAUAUUUCCAUUGUUCAUGAAAAGGCCAAAGCAGAGUAAAGCGGGGCCUUCACCUGAGGAACUAGAAGAACACAUCACUUCCAUCAUUUCUAGUUUGUUACGAAACUGUCAAGGAACUCAGAGACAAAGACUUUUGAACAAAUUCAUAGAAAAUGACCACGAAAAGGUUGAACGACUGUUGGAAUUGCAUUUCAAAUACCUUGAAAGGGUUCGUCGAGUGGAUGACCAAAUUGAAAAGGAGAAAAUGAGAUUGACUGAUGCCAAUGAUGAAGUCGAUGAAGACCUGGAGGAUCAGUUUUACCUGAGACGAUUGGAUGCUGGCUUGUUCACAUUGCAAUUGUUAGAUUGUGUUAUGCUUGAAAUUUGUGCCAGUGGAGCUGUUUCUGUGAAACAAAGAGUAAUGCAAAUCCUAAACAUGAGAGGUGGAUCCUUAAAGGCGAUUCGUAACAUCAUGCGAGAAUAUGCAGGUAAUAUUGGUGAUGCAAAAGACCCAGAGACCAAAGCAGCAGAACAGAACAGAAUUCUACAACUAGUUGACAAAUUCUAA